AUGGAAUAUAAUAUUGAAAGCUCGCCUUCUGGCUGUGACCCACCCCCGGCCUAUAGUUUCAGUGAGGCUCCCCAAACGAGCCCGCCGGCAUACAGCACUUCUUGUGGCCAGCGGUUGGACAGUGCUGGUAUGACUGCAAGUGGGAGUCUGCCGCAUCAAGCAGGCGCCGAUUUCCUGCCGCGGGCGGAAUGGAAUACCGAAAAGGGCAAGCGGGGAGGGGCAAGUUACCAGGGCGAGGAAGGAGCGAAGAGAGACGAAGGAAGGCAUAGAGAACCCAGACCUCCCCCUCGAUUGUUCACACGAUGGUGGCUCCAAGGCCGUCAGGGGACGGCUGAUGCCCUUCGGGAGGAGGUCCGCAACCUCCAAGGGCAGAAUCAGCUCCUUGAGAGGGAGAAAGCCGUCCUUGAGGCGGAGAAAGGUGCCCUUGAGAGGGAGAGAGACCGUGCGGAAGCCAAUGCGCGAGAGGACCUCGAGAAGUUCCAUCAAAGGCUGGUGGAGUUGGCCCGAGAAGCGGGCAGUUGCAGCUGGGAGUCUUCCCAGCUGUCAAAACAGCUGAAAGAGAGGGAAGAAGAAAUCCGCGUUUUGCGUUUGAGGCUACGCCGCCGAGCCUCUUUUUAA